AUGACCGUAUCGGAACGACGAGCAACGUAUCCAUUACAACAACGCAUAAAGAUCUACAAUCCUGAUACCAUGGCUCGUCGUCUAAGUCAGGAGAAACAAACCAAGCUUGUUGUCAAUGGUGUAAACCUGCUCAACAAGUCAUCUUUGGAUAAGGAUAUCAUUUUGGAUCGAAUGAAACAACGCAGAGAAACCCAUAAUCGCGUCGAACGUCGCCGGAGGGAUAUGCUGAAUGGCCUCAUUAGUGAACUUGCUCAUGCCAUGCCCCAAGACACUUUGGAUCCAGACAAAUCCCACCGUGCACAAAUCUUGAGACAUGCCAUAAGCUAUAUCCAAUCCAUACGUCGCGAAAAUCAAACCAUGCGUGCUCAACUUGGCCAACAAGCCAUUCAACAACAAGAACAACAACAGCAUUAA